AAGGGGUUCGAACCUGUUCGAACUCGUUUGACUACCCGAAUCUGCACCCGAAUCUAUCUUAAACCGGUUCGGGCAGUCACUUGCUAUUGACAAGUUGCAAGCCCUAUGGGGAUAAAUGGACUGUCUCUUCCCUUGAGUUCUUCACGAGCGCUUUCCCUGCUGCGCAGCCGCCAUGACUCACACAGAAAAACUCAUAUCCGACAUUACUAUUGAACGAACGCAGAAGGCAUUGGAUGAUGCCACCUUAAAUUUAAAGUCGACCUUUGCUAGAAAGCUCGACAAGUGGGAUCAGGCAGAGGACUGCGUCGUCCAGACCGCUCAAGAAGUUGGAUCGGUGUACAAUUUCUAUACUCAGAAUGCAACCAUCAACUCUGCAUCUGAUGCGAUGGUUGCGGACCUCUCAAAGAAGAAUAUGGGCGACUUUCUGGGAGAGGCGAAGAAGGUGAUGGAGGCCCUGGAUGUCCUGCAGCAGGUUCACCCGUUUGUCGGCGUGGCUAUACUCGCCUUCAAGGCUGUCGUGAAUCUUGAGCUAACAAGAAGAGAAAACGAUCGUAGAGUUGGACUUAUGUUAGCUCAAGCAUCUGACAUGAUGACCAUGCUCCUCCAACUCAAGGACACCAGAGAUCUUGCCAUCGUGGGACCCCAUGGCAACAUUCGGGGGCGAUUGGAUCGUGUCCUGGAUGGCAUCAAGCAAGACAUCGAAGAUUGCGGAAAUGCCAUUGACAAAUACUACAAGUCAAAAUUCAUGGUGAAAUUCUUCAGAUCCUCCCAUUGGGCAAGCGAAUUCCUCAGAGUUUGCAACAGCUUUUCCCAACGUACGCAGGACCUUCAGCUCGCCUUAAAUAUCAGGACCGCGUUGAGAGUUGAUAUUGCCAUUGAUAAGCUAGACAAGCUAAUUCGGACGCAAACCGAUCGCGAAGCAAGAUUCGAGAAAGAAGUGCAAAUGCGCGGUGGAAGAGAGAAAUGUUUGGAAAGCGAAGAUAAACUAGCAGAGCUACUGAAAAUCGCCGAGCAACGGGAAGGGCGUCCACAGAAUAAAGCGUAUGCUGAUGCUCCUACCAAAGAUGUCAACAAGCCUACUUCAAAGACCGCUUCUGCGAACGGAUCGGUUGGCGAGCAGUCCCGCCUUGAUGCAUCGCUGCUUCAUGAACUACGUGCUCCGUUACGCAACUUACUUGACGAGAAUCGCACGCUCUUCAUGUUUAAGCUUGAUGCACAGACAUCUGACAUCAAAGAUGCCAUCAAGGAUUCUGAAACACGUAUAAUGUGGGCCUUCAACAGCAGAUUUCGACGGAUCAAGGAACCACACCUACGAUAUAUCUGGAAAGAGAUGAAAUGGACAACAAGUGUAAAGACACUAUACUUCAUUGCAGAACUCUAUGAUUAUUACGUGAACCGGUUUUCUCGUCUCCGUCAUAACACUCCACCACCAGAAGCAGCUUCAGAUGCUUCAUCGCUGGUGCUGCGAGUGCCAUCUCCAACUCCCACCGUCUCCGUCAUGUCCGAUUCAGAAGGAGAAGACCGCGAACUUCCGGCAGCCGAUCCUUCACACCAAGAACUUCCUACUGUCGAUCCUGCAGAUAAAUGGUGCUUGAAAUAUUUGUCCGUUUUCUACGUUCCAAGUUUAUCCGAAGGCUUCGACGGCGAUGCGAAUGGCUUGGUCAGUAUAAGGGAAGUGAAUGCUUUUACGUCCGCAAUGCCUUUGGGUUGGACUCUGCCACAAGCACUUGCAUACUGGGCUGCAGGUUGGAGAGUGGACAGCCAGUACUAUCAUGCACGAAUCGAAGAGGUCUUGAACAGCAUGGUUUACGCGCAAGCAGAUGUACUUCCAGAAAACAGGCGGUGUAUUGCCACAUACUUGAACUCAUAUGUCAUCGAUGAUAUAAAAAGGCUUGUCCGUUCUAUUGCAGAACUUGGAUUGGAAGAUUCGGACUUGGAUCUCGCGCAAUUGACUGCUCGGCGUCGUGAGGCUCAAGAAGAGACAUUAACGGAUAAGCUCAAGAUUGUUAAGUAUGAAAUCGAUUCCAAAGAUUCUAUCAAGCUUUUUGGAUCUGGUCGCAUCGAAAAUUUCUUGCUGCCUUUACUUUACCUCAUAAUUAGGAGGCAUUUACAGAUCAUGAAACUUGCUGCCACAGUGAUUCUGGUCGAGAGAGAGCUUGAAUCUGCAACUCAAACGAUAGAAAAUAUUCUGGAAGGGGUGUCUCUGCGCGUGGACCAACUGGCAGAGUCAUUUCGUCAACAGGGUAAUGAUCCAAAAACGAGAUUCACAUGAUGACACCGAAUACUGGGAAACUCAUGAUAUUGGGCUUGAUGACAGUAAGCUAGAGAUCGAUUC